AGCUCCCGAUCCCUCUCCUGCCUUAUCCUUCCCUGCUCUCCUCCAUCCCUCUCCUCUCCCCUCCUCUUCCCCGUCCAUCUCCUCUCUCCCCCCCUCUUCCCCCGCGCAGGCGCCGGGCGGGUGGAAGAUGGCGGCGCCCGUGGACCUGGAGCUGAAGAAGGCUUUCACGGAGCUCCAGGCUAAGGUGAUAGACACGCAGCAGAAGGUGAAGCUGGCCGACAUCCAGAUCGAGCAGCUGAGCAAGACGAAGAAGCACGCACACCUCACCGACACCGAGAUCAUGAUGCUGGUGGACGAGACCCGCAUGUACGAGGGCGUGGGCAGAAUGUUUAUUCUUCAGUCUAAAGGAGUGAUUCAUAAUCAACUCUUAGAAAAACAGAGAAUAGCAGAAGAGAAAAUUAAGGAAUUAGAGCAGAAGAAGUCGUACCUGGAACGAAGCGUGAAGGAAGCAGAAGAUAACAUCAGAGAGAUGCUGAUGGCCCGGAGGGCGCAGUAGCUGCGUGGUUCCCGACAGGCCUGCGGCACCCUCUGGGUGAUGCUGGGCAGCUCCGCCGGUGCCGCUCACCACUGCGGGUCUACGUGACAGCUGCUACUUGGCAGUGUUAAUAAACUCUACCCCACAGCCUGUGUUA